GAGCGGGGCAGCUCUGCCAGGGAGGCUCUGGAGGUGAUCACGGCGUUGCUGGAGCGUCACGGGCAAGGUGGGAGCUGCAAGGAGGACCCAGUGCCCUUCAUCUACCACAACACCUUCCUGCUGGCUGACCGCAGCGAGGCCUGGGUGCUGGAGACGGCCGGACGGUACUGGGCGGCACAGCGCAUCCGAGAGGGCAGCAGGAACAUCUCCAACCAGCUGAGCAUCGGGAAGGAGAUCGCGGCGGAGCACGAGGAGCUGCGGCAGCGAGCGCGGGCCCAGGGCUGGUGGAGUGGGGAUGGAGAGUUCAGCUUUGCAGAGGUUUUCUCCCUGGAGAACCAGCCUGAACGCAUGGAGGCUGCCAAGGGCAGAUUCCGGGCGGGCAAGGAGCUGCUGCAGCAGCAUGCAGGUCACAUCACGGCAGAGACCUUCAUGUCCAUCCUGCGGGACAAGGCCAGUGGGAUCUGCGUGGACACGGAGGGAUUCCGCACAGCAGGCAGCAUGGUGUCUGUGCUGCCCAGAGACCCCUCCCUGCCCUGUGUCCACUUCUUCACCGCCACCCCCGACCCCUCCAGGUCUGUCUUCAAGCCCUUUGUGUUCGUGGCUGGUGUCAAGCCUGUGCCACAGGUGAGGUCCCCAACGUUCCUGCAGGAUCCAGCCAAGCAGAUCCCGAGGUUCCGGAGCUCGGUGGAUCGGCGGCACGAGCUGUACCGCCGGCACCAGGCAGCACUGCAGCUCAUGGAGCAGGACCAGGAGCGUGGCCAGAGGCUCCUGCAGACCCUGCGGGAGCUGGAGCAGCAAGGCCUGGAGGGGAUGGAUGAGCUGCUGAGGGGCACAGUGACCCUCCACCCUGAGGAACUGGCUGAUCUCUUCUUCGACUGCGUGGAGGCAGAGAUGAAGUUUUACACAUAG